AACCAUAAACUUAGUAGCAUCAAUCUUGAAGCCAAACAUUUGUUUUAUAUAUAUCUUUAGCUAGUAUCUAAGUCCCAAAACAUAGGCCAUGUCGAAUUUGAGUUUCCUUAAGUUUCACACUGGCACCUCUUUGAGUCACUCCUCUCAAACCAAAGAUCCAACCCUGAAAACCAACAACUUCAAACCAAAUGCAUCAAAUUUAGGGUGCAACUUUCAGCCAAAAUCAGAUGAAAUGGAAUGGGUGUUUGACAAGUUUGACACCAACAAAGAUGGCAAGAUUUCCCUUGAAGAAUACAAGCAAGCUAUGAGGACAAUGGGGUGGGGAAUUGGAGACACCGAGGUUGUUGAGUCUUUCAAGGUCAUGGACUCUGAUGGAGAUGGUUUCGUUGAUUCCAAGGAGUUCAUGGAAAUGUUCAACGUGGAGGAGAGGGUGAAGGAAACGGAGAUCAAGAGUGCUUUUCAAGUGUUUGACUUGAAUGGUGAUGAGAAAAUUAGUGCAGAAGAAUUGUCCCAUGUUCUCAAAAGCCUAGGAGAGAAUUGCAGCCUUAGUGCUUGUAAGAAAAUGGUGAUGGGGGUUGAUGGAAACGGUGAUGGUUUUAUAGACUUGAACGAGUUUAUGAGGAUGAUGACUAAUGGCAAGAAACUGGCCUAAGUUGUGAUAAUAUAUUUUUAUGAGGUCAUGUGUGUUUGCCUUUUCCUCAAUCUUCUUGUUUUGUUUUUUCCUCCCUCUCUUUAUUUGGGUUGCUAGAUUGAUCAUUUUAAACAAAGUAUAUGGAUAUUUUCUCUUGCCAAAGGGGUGUUGUAUUCUAUUAUAAAUAGAACAAAUAUUACUAUCUCUUUUAUGUUUCUAUCA